AUGCCAGAAAGUCUUGUUUCUAUUCAAGAAAAUGUUUUUUAUAACACAUCAUUAUCGUAUUUGAAUCUAAAAGAAAACUUCACAACUUUAUAUUCCUAUUCUUUAGCAUCAAGUAAUAUUUCUCAGAUUACAUUUCCACGCUCUAUCAGAAAUAUAUAUUCAUAUGCAUUUAAGAACACAUCAAUAACAAGUAUUAUUAUUCCUGAGGGUUUAACAUAUCUUGGAGGUUAUGCAUUCUGUGACACAAUAAUCACAUGUAUGGAACUCCCAUCUUCACUUCAAACAAUCGGAAGUUAUGCCUUUCAGAAUUGUUCUGUGGAAAGUCUCGAGCUAAAGGAAGGUCUUGUGACACUCUCGGAUUAUGCUUUUUACAACAGUAGUAUCAAAAGAAUAAAUAUUCCUUCAUCAGUCAAACAAAUUGGGAACUAUUGUUUCUUUAAUGCUCCUAUUAAUUCCCUUGUUUUCCCAGAAACAGCAAACAAUGUAACAAUUGGUAAAUUUGCAUUCGCCUUCUUAAAUCACGAGAACAUCACAAUUCCUGAAGGAACUUUAUUUAUUGAUCAACAUUCAUUCAGAGGGAUUUGCACAAGUAAUAUUUCAUAUCCAUCUACAUUGAAUAUUGGUAAUUGGUCAUUUACAGAUGCAUUCUCUGAUGAGCUAUUUAUCCCUAAUAACACAGAAAUCAUUAAUGAUUAUUCUUUUGCAUCAAGCAAUAUUAAAAAGAUCCAAAUUCCUUAUUCAAUGAUGCACAUUGGAAUUGGUGCUUUCAUGGCAUCAGCAAUCAAUGAGACAUUCAUUCCAAACAAUACAUUUGUGGAUCAUAAUGCCUUUGAUGAUUGCACAGAGUUGACAUACAUUAACAUAAGCGAAAAAAGCAUAAUAAAUUAUGAUGUCUUCAAUAAUUGUUAUUCAAUAAAAAAUAUUACAACAUAUGAUGACAUCAGAUUAGAAGGAUAUGCUUUCUUCAAUGUUACAAACGUAACAAUUUCUCACUUAGGAAUUCAUGAUAUGAGAACAAGGAUGACAAAAGAUGCCUUUGAACCAAUUAUUUAUAUUUCAUACGUAAAAUGUUGCUACAAAUCUCCAAAGUUUUGCCAUCACAUUCCAACAAACAUCACAUCUUGCGAAGGAGUAUUCAAUUGCUUUUCAUACAAUAAACUUGUAUAUAGAAACUACUAUGCAAAUUUGGCUACCAUGUUUCUUACAAGAAUAGAUUUUGAUUAA